AUGCUUAGAACCGCUUCCAGAUCUGCUUUCAGAAGAACCCUGGCAUCUCACGUCAAACCACAGCUAACAGAGCUUUCCAACGGUCUGAGAGUUGCCACCAGCACCAACGACCAGGCCGGUGCAGCUACCGUCGGUAUCGUGUUCGGUUCUGGCUCUACUGCGGAAAACCCUUACAACAAUGGUGUCUCCAGCAUCAUUUCCAACUUGGUGAAAAGCGAGGGUGCUUUGCCAGCUGCCAAAUUGGGCGCACAGAUCUCUACCAGCGUUUCCAGAGAAUCGCAGUCGUUUUUGGCUUCCUUUUCUGGCGCUGCAGGUUUGAACAAAUCCUUGGACCUUUUGCAAUCGCAAAUUUCCAUCGCUUCGGGUUCCGGCCCUGACGGUGCUAUCUCUGGUGCCAUCCAAAAGAGCAUCCAGCAAGCUGAGCAAUUCGAGCUCAACGACCAUGCCGGUCGUGUCAUGGAGCAUUUGCACGCUACCGCUUUCCAAAACACCCCAUUGGCUCUGCCCGUCAGAGGUACCGUUGAAGCUCUACAAGAUUUGGAGAAAAUCGACAUUGAGAAUUUUGCCAAAAGCCAUUUCCGCAAUUCCAACGCCGUCAUCGUUGGUUCCGGUAACAUUUCUCACGAAGAGCUUGUCAAAGCCGUUGAAUCCCAAUUGUCUUUGCACUCGGGUGAAAAGCCAGAGCUAAAGAAAAAGUCCUCUUUCUUGGGCUCCGAAGUCAGACUAAGAGAUGACACUCUACCAAAGGCUUGGAUUGCUAUCGCCGCCGAGGGUGAAUCAGUCACUUCUCCUAACUACCAUGUCGCUCAAGUAGCCGCAGAAGUGUUCGGAUCUUUCAACGCUCACGAGCCUUCUUCUAAGAUACAGGGUAUCAAGCUACUCGACGAAAUCCAAGAGUACCACUUGGUGGACACUUACGACCAUUUCUCUCACUCUUACAAGGACUCUGGUCUAUGGGGGUUUGCCGCUGAAAUAUCAAACAUCGGACAAAUCGACGAUCUAACUCAUUUCACCCUAAAGCAGUGGAACAGAUUGACUAUUUCCGUCACCGAGCAAGAAGUUGCCCGUGCUAAGUCUCUAUUGAAACUCAAGUUGGGUAGCACUUCUUUGAGCAACGUGUCCACCGCCAACAGCCUAGGUGCCAAUACCUUGGCCCUAGGUUCAUCUCCAGAUUUGGCUCAAGUCUUUGAAAAGAUUGAUGCCAUUACCGUCAGCGACGUCAAAUCUUGGGCUUCUUCCAGAUUAUGGGACCAAGAUAUUGCCAUUGCCGGUACCGGUCAAAUCGAAGAUUUGCUCGACUACAUGAGACUCAGAAACGACAUGAGUAUGAUGAGAUGGUAA